AUGUUGGCACUCAGACUUAGAUCCUGCUCCAAGAACAUUCCGCUGGCUCGAGGAUACCACCGAUUUGCCUCCAACUGUCACAAGGGCUCCAAGAUGAGAACAGAGUUUCGUCUAGCGCUGGUUUCCGGCCUCCUCCUAGCCACCUCCUACGUCUCCCUCACAAAUAACAAUUUGCGCUCCGACUCUCUGCCGGCCCAGGGAGCCGGCAGCGCAGACCAAAAACAGCUGUUCUCGGCCUCUACCAACUCUCUAAGCGGGAUUUCGGCCCAACAAAACAAACAGGGCAUCUAUCUCCUGAGCGAUGCCGAGGUUAGUAGAAGGCUGAGACAAUACGAAGAAUCGUACAUGGUCAACCGCGGAAAGGGCGUGAUCCGGUACGAUAUCUGUCAAUUGCCUAGCAACAACCCAAUUGAGGACGACCGCAGCGAGAAGCUCGUCCAGGUCCCUGUCCAGGAUAGGGAAAACAACAACGCGCGUGUCGAGACAGAUUGGCACUUCUGGUCCAUUUUCGAUGGGCAUGCGGGCUGGAACACGUCUGCCAAGCUGCGUGACAGCCUUCUGGACUACGUGGUCAACGAACUGGACCAGGCAUACAAAGUCAGCGACAAGAAUCUCAGGCUGAUCCCGUCGAGCGAGACCAUCGACAGGGCCAUCAAACAGGGCUUCCUCAAGCUGGACGACGACAUCGUGAACAAAAACGUGCAGAAAUUGCUUGAAAAUCCGUCCAACAAGGCCGGCGCCGCAGAGCUCCUGAUGCCUGCUCUCUCCGGCUCCUGUGCCCUGAUGUCGUUCUAUGACACCCAUUCGCGCAACCUCAAGGUGGCCGUCACCGGCGAUUCGCGAGCCCUAUUGGGGUCUUUGGAUGACCACGAAAACAAGUGGACUGUGCGGGCACUCUCGACAGACCAGACGGGCUCCAACCCUACAGAAGUGGCCAAGCUGCUCAGCGAGCAUCCAAACGAGCCCAAUGUGGUCAGAAACGGCCGUGUUCUGGGCUCGCUGGAGCCAACCAGAGCGUUUGGCGACGCCAGAUACAAGUGGGCCAAGGACAUCCAGACAAGAGUGGCCAACCAGUUCUUUGGCAGGCAGCUGCCUGCCAACCUCAAGACGCCUCCGUAUGUGACUGCCGAACCGGUGAUAACGACGCACGAGGUUUCGCCAGCCAAACACGAUUUCUUGGUGAUGGCCUCCGACGGACUGUACGAGAUGCUGACGAACGAGGAGAUUGUGGGACUGGUGGUGCGGUGGAUGGAGAAAAAGAAAAUGGUGAAGCCCAAGAAGUCGUUCAUGGACACGCUGUGGCCAAGCUCGAAAGAUAAGCUGCCUCUGGUGGAAGACGUGACGGACCAGAGCUCGAAGAGCAAGCAGAGACUACGAACGAGACGGAAGUCCAAUGAGGUUGGAUUCCUACUGGAAGAUGAAAACGUGGCCACACAUCUGAUUAGAAACGCAUUAAGUAACGGGGGUUCCAAAGAGGAGGUGAACAUGCUGGUCAGCAUUCCUUCUCCGUUGAGCAGGCGGUACAGAGACGACCUGACUGUGAGCGUGGUCUUCUUUGGAGAAGGAGACAAGCACGAGAAGUAUUCGUCGAACAGUGCUUUGGAGAUCAACCAGGAGGCCACCAAGGGCGGAUUGACGAUGAAGGCGAAGUUGUAA